AUGGAGGCGGCAUCAAUGAUUGUGUUGAUGAUGGUUGCUGUUGCUAGUGGGCUAGUGGCGAUAGAAGUGAAGGUUGAGUGUAAUGUUUUGAAGGUGCAGCAAAAGAAGACGGAGCACUUUCCUCAGUUUCAUAUCCUCUUCCUCCAACCACUUGUUGCUGCUGUAGAUGGUCAACCUAGUGAUGCUGCUGCUCUUUUCGAGAAAGCUUCACAAAGUAUAAAAGUUAAGAAAUAUAGUGAAGCACUCGAAAAUCUUAACGCUGCUAUAGAGACUGAUCCUGGACUUUCUGAAGCAUAUUGGCAUCGAGCAUCUAUUCUUCGUCGGUUUUGCAGAUAUGAGGAAUCAGAAAAAAGCUACAAAAAGUUAUUGGAGAUGAAGCCCAGGAAUUCAGCAGCAGAGAAGGAGCUUUCUCAAUUAUUCCAAGCUCAAAGUGCCUUGGAUUCAGCUAAGAGCCUCUUUGAUUCAGGUGACUUCACGAAAGCACUGGAGUUCAUUGAAAAAGUUGUGCUUGUUUUCUCUCCAGCCUGCUCCAAUGCCAAACUCCUUAAAGUGAGACUAUUAUUAGCAGCUAAAGAUUAUUCCAGUGCUAUAUCUGAAACGGGAUAUAUUCUCAAAGAAGAUGAGGAUAACUUAGAGGCUUUGCUGUUACGUGGCCGUGCCUAUUAUUAUUUGGCAGAUCAUGACGUUGCUAUUAGGCAUUACCAGAAGGGUCUUCGGCUAGACCCUGAGCAUAGUGAAUUGAAGAAAGCAUAUUUCGGAUUGAAAAAUCUGCUCAAAAAGGCUAAAUCUGCAGAUGAUAAUGCAAGUAAAGGUAAGCUUCGUCUUGCAGUGGAGGAAUAUAAGACUGCCCUUGCCUUGGACCCAGACCAUACUGCUUAUAAUGUACACCUUCAUCUUGGAUUAUGUAAGGUCUUGGUGAAGCUUGGUAGGGGAAAGGAAGCAGUCACAAGUUGCUCGGGAGCACUUGAAAUUGAUGAAGAGCUUAUUGAAGCUCUUGUCCAGAGGGGUGAAGCCAAACUUUUGGUAGAAGAUUGGGAGGGAGCUAUAGCCGAUCUGAAAUCAGCAGCUGAAAAGUCACCUCAGGAUAUGAAUAUUCGUGAAGCACUAAUGAGGGCCGAGAGGUCUUUAAAAUUGAGUCAGCGGAAGGAUUAUUACAAGAUUUUGGGAAUUUCGAAAACAGCGCCAAUGUCGGAGAUUAAACGGGCUUAUAAGAAGCUAGCUUUGCAGUGGCAUCCAGAUAAGAAUUCUGACAAUAGAGCAGAAGCAGAGGCCAAAUUUCAGGAAAUAGCAUCUGCAUAUGAGAUUCUUGGUGAUGAAGAAAAACGUACCAAAUAUGACAGUGGCGAAGACAUUGACGAGGGUAUGGGAAUGGGUGGCGGAGGAUUUAACCCUUUUGGAGGAGGGGGCCAGCAAUAUACAUUUCACUUUGAAGGAGGAUUUCCUGGUGGGGGCUUUGGUGGCUUCCAGUUUUGA